GGGCACGCUGCGUGGGGCGGGGCUUCCGACCCAGCCGCGCUUCCCAAUUGGCUUCGGGGCUUUCUUUGAGCUGGUCGCAGGGAGGUGGGUCCGCGCCUUCCAGAGGCUUCGCGGGGCCGCUUCUUUGGCGGGAGUUGGCGGCUGGUGUGAGGUUUCUGUGGAGAGAAGGAGAGUGGCAGAGGUGACUGGUUCCCGAAUCAUAUAGGCUCUCAUUGCCACCAUGUUGGAAAGCAGACUCCAGACCAAACCAAGGAGCAGCCCCAAUGACCGAGAGACUAGCCUGUGGUCCUCAGGCCUUGGGAUGAAGCUGGAGGCUGUCACCCCAUUCCUGGGCAAGUAUCGUCCCUUUGUGGGUCGCUGCUGCCAGACCUGCACCCCCAAGAGCUGGGAUUCCCUCUUCCACAGAAGCAUAAGGGACCUAGGCUUUUGCAAUGUGAUUCUGGUGAAGGAGGAGAACACCAGGUUUCGGGGCUGGCUGGUUCGGAGGCUCUGCUAUUUCCUGUGGUCCCUGGAGCAGCACAUCCCCUCCUGCCAGGAUACCCCACAGAAGAUCCUGGAAAGCACUGGGGUACAGAACCUUCUCUCAGGGAAGGUUCCAGGAGGUGCUGGGGAAGGCCAGGUGCCUGACGUUGUGAAGAAAGAGGUACAGCGCAUCCUGGGUCACAUCCAGGCCCCACCCUGGCCCUUCCUGGUCAGGCUGUUCAGCUGGGCGCUGCUGCGGUUUCUGAACUGCGUCUUCCUGAAUGUGCAGCUCCACAAGGGUCAGAUGAAGAUGGUCCACAAGGCCGCCCAGACGGGUUCACCGCUUGUCCUCCUCUCUACUCACAAAACCCUCCUGGAUGGGAUCCUGCUGCCCUUUGUGCUGCUCUCCCAGGGCCUGGGUGUGCUCCGUGUGGCCUGGGACUCCCGUGCCUGCUCCCCUUCCCUCAGAGCCCCUUGCCUUAUCAGGCUCUGCCCUAUGUCGCACAGAGCUCUGCUGAGGAAGCUUGGGGGGCUUUUCCUGCCCUCAGAGGCCAACCUCUCCCUGGACAGCUCUGAGGGGCUCCUUGCAAGGGCCGUGGUCCAGGAGGUCAUAGAUCAGCUGCUGGUCAGUGGGCAGCCCCUGCUCAUCUUCUUGGAGGAACCUCCUGGGGCCCUAGGGCCACGGCUGUCAGCCCUGGGCCAGGCUUGGCUGGGAUUUGUGGUAAGGGCAGUCCAGGUGGGCAUCAUCCCAGAUGCUCUGCUGGUACCAGUGGCUGUCACCUAUGAUGUGGUUCCGGAUGCACCAUGUGACAUAUACCAUGCCUCAGCCCCCCUUGGGCUGUGGACAGGAGCUCUGGCUGUCCUGUGGAGCCUCUGCAGCCACUUGGGCUGCAGCCGUCAGAUCUGCUCCCGGGUGCACCUAGCUCAGCCCUUCUCCCUGCAGGAAUACACCAUCAGUGCCAGAAGCUGCUGGGGCAGCAGGCAGACCCUGGAGCAGCUACUGCAGCCCAUCUUGCUGGGCCAAUGUACUGCUGUUCCAGACACUGAGAAGGAGCAGGAGUGGACCCCCAUAACUGGGCCCCUCCUGGCCCUUAAGGAAGAGGACCAGCUCCUGGUCAGGAGACUGAGCCAUCAUGUCCUGAGUGCCAGUGUGGCGAGCUCUGCCGUGAUGAGCACGGCCAUCAUGGCGACACUGCUGCUCUUCAAGCACCAGAAGGGCGUGUUCCUGUCGCAGCUCCUGGGAGAGUUCUCCUGGCUGACGGAGGAGAUACUGUUGCGUGGCUUUGAUGUAGGCUUCUCUGGUCAGCUGCGGAGCCUACUGCAGCACACUCUGAGUCUGCUGCGGGCGCAUGUGGCUCUGCUACGCAUCCGCCGGGGGGAUUUGCUAGUGGUGCCACGGCCCGGCCCAGGCCUUGCGCACCUGGCACGGCUGAGUGCUGAGCUGCUGCCCGUCUUCCUGAGUGAGGCUGUGGGCGCCUGUGCGGUGCGGGGGCUGCUGGUAGGCAGAGUGCCGCCCCAGGGGCCCUGGGAGCUGCAGGGCAUAGAGCUGCUGAGCCAGAACGAGCUGUACCGCCAGAUCCUGCUGCUGAUGCAUCUGCUGCCGCAAGAGCUGCUGCUCCUGCAGCCCUGCCAGUCUUCCUACUGUUACUGUCAGGAGGUGCUCGACCGGCUCAUCCAAUGUGGGCUCCUGGUUGCUGAGGAGACCCCAGGCUCCCGAGCAGCCUGUGACACAGGGCGACAGCGAAUGAGCAGAAGGCUGCUGUGGAAACCGAGUGGGGACUUUACUGAUAGUGACAGUGAUGACUUCGAAGAGGCCGAGGGCCGGUACUUCAGGCUGAGCCAACAGUUGCGCUGCCCAGACUUCUUUCUUUUCCUCUGCCGCCUGCUCAGCCCACUGCUCAAGGCUUUUGCACAGGCUGCAGCCUUCCUCCACCAGGGCCAGCUGCCCGAUACUGAGUCUGGCUACACAAAGCAGCUUUUUCAGUUCCUCCAGGCCACCGCCCAUGAAGAAGGGAUCUUUGAGUGUGUGGACCCAAAGCUCGCCAUCAGUGCUAUCUGGACCUUCAGAGACCUAGGGGUUCUGCAGCAGAUGCCGAGCCCUGCAGGCCCCAGGCUCCACCUGUCUUCUACUUUUGCCAGCCGGGACAAUCAGGAAAAACUGGAACAGUUCAUCCGGCAGUUCAUUUGUAGCUAGAACUGUGAGGUGGAGCCCGUAUUGAGACUUCUCAGCUCCAGAACAUAGCUGUGUCCUAGAGCCAGAAGACAGACAGGAGGCUGCAGACCCUUAGCUGCUCUAUAAAAUCAGAGCUUGGUUGUCCCUUGCCAUUCCCUCCUUUGACAUAAUAAACAAGGGGACUGGUCGUGUGGUCUUUUCCCAAGCCCAGCAG